AUGGCUUCUUCUGCUUCGGAACUGCAUCCAAAAUGCAUUGCGACGACGGGCAAUACUUUCAACAAGUCUACGAGAGAGUCGGGCACCUUUUCCCAAAAUGGGCAGCGACUGGCUGAAGCAAGACCGAACUUCUUCCACAAAGCUCUGUUUACACCGGACGGAACUAGCAUCAUAACACAUAAUGAAGACAACUGCCUUCGCACGAUUGUGCUGCCGACAGACUUGUUGGAAGAAGCAGAGGAACCACGACCACUGACUGAAUAUGCUGUCUGGAAGGCCAGCAGCAAAAUCCAAAGCUACGCUAUCUACCCAGGCUUCGAUCUCCAGAAUCCGGCGACGACAUUCGUGCUCGUAGGCGCAGCAGAUGUGCCCAUCACACUGCGAAACGCGUUGCACUACGACACAGUCCAAGCAAGCUACCCGCUGAUCCAUUCGGCAACAGAAGAAUUUCAGCCGCCACGGAGUUUGGUUUUCACGCGAGAUGGUAACCAUUUCCUAGUCGGCAGCGACACCCUCCUCGCUGCAUUUGACUGCUCUCAAUAUGGCGAAGGACCCUCGAUCUCCCACAAACUACGCCGUGGCCGCAAAGCACCUCGCGGGCUCCAGACUCUCCAACGCAAAGGCUUCGUUUCCGCUCUUAGCAUCAGUAACGAAGGCUUCCUCGCCCUCGGCACUAACGAGCGAGAGAUCGCCCUUUAUUCGAACGAGGGUCUCGGAUCCUCCAUCUCAUCCUUCGAGCUCGAACCAGAUCUCGGGUCCGGCGUCUCAGAUCUAAAAUGGAGUCCUUGUGGUAAGUACUUACUUGUGGCAGAGCGGCAAAGCAAUGUCGUGCAAGUGUAUGAUAUUCGGAACACGCAGCAGAAAGUCUCGGAUUUGACCGGGAGGUAUGCGAUCACGCCACAGAAGAUGCAUAUUGAGGUUGUGCCUACUGCAGCGGGGUAUGAGGUUUGGGGUGGAGGGACUGAUGGGGUUGUGAGGAUGUGGUCGACCCCGGGAGAGAAGGAGGAGGACCAGGUGCCGGAUGCUGCGUUGAAGUUGCAUGAGGCGUCUGUGGCGAGUGCGAUUUGGCAUCCUACUGGGGCGGUAUUGGCUACCGCUUCGGGUGGAAGGUCUGAAGGGCGCUCAUUCGAAGAUGAUGAGGAUGAAGAAAGUCGAGGUCGGUCCGACGAGGACAACUCGCUGAAGGUGUGGACCGUAUGA